CUCGGCUCAGAUGAGAGCCAGCCCCUGGAGCGCACACAAUCUGGAGGAUAAUCGCAGGUGGAGAGGCCGGGUUGACACUCAUCUAUAGAGAGAAGCAGGUGUCUGAACAAACGUUUAUCUCGCCGUGUUCAGGACACAGACAGUCCUACUGGAUCGUGACUGGCGUUUUGCUUUUCAAGAUUAAAUUUGAUGCUUCUCUAGAGGAUCCACAAUGCGGUCCUCGGCUCGGUUCGUCGUCCGAUGCGCUCUCAUCCUCAACACACUCUGCUUGAUUGACGGAGUUAAAGGACAGCGGCAGUGCAAUGAGACGGACUACUACUAUGAGUACACGGAGUGUGACAGCACAGGAUCUCGGUGGAGAGUGGCCAUCCCGCAGAGUCCUGGGUCCUGCACCGGACUACCACAGCCAGUGAAGGGCACUGAGUGCACGUUCUCAUGCAGAGCUGGGGAGUUCCUGGAGAUGUCUGCUCAGGAGUGUACUCAGUGCGCAGCGGGAAGCUACUCCCUUGGGAGUGGCAUCCGCUUUGACCAAUGGGAUACCAUGCCUACAGGAUUCAGUAGCCUGGCAACUUCCCUGGGGAAUGACGCCCACAGAGAUGCCAGACUCACCUGCAACAGUUCUUCCUGGCAGCCUCAAGGAAACUAUCUGGAGUCCAACAGGGACGAGUGUACGGUCUCUCUCAUUUAUGCUGUUCACUUGAAGAAGCAGGGGUCUGUCAGCUUUGAGUAUCAGUAUCCUGAUAAAAGCCUGCUGUUUGAAUUCUUUAUCCAGAAUGACCAGUGUCAGGAGAUGGAUCAGUCAGCUGAUACAAAGUGGCUCAAGCUCACCAAUCAUGGGGAAUGGGCAACCCACACGGUGAAUUUGAAAUCUGGCACCAACAUCUUAUACUGGAGGACAGGAGGUGUUGUGAUGGGAUCCAAUGUGGUGAAGCCUGUACUGCUGAAAAACAUUCAAAUUCAAGGUGUUGCCUACACAUCAGAGUGUUUCCCUUGUAAGCCAGGGACGUUCAGUCACAUUCCAGGCUCUUCCACAUGUGAACCCUGUCCUCGGGACACCUACUCUGGCCACGGAGCCAGUUCAUGCACUCCAUGCAACACUAUCAUUCAGUAUGCAGAGGAAGGAUCGGCUGAGUGUAAGAACAGACCUCCGUGUUCCAAAAAGGACUAUUUCCAGAUCCACACACCAUGUGACCAUGAAGGCAAGACACAGGUCAUAUAUAAGUGGAUUGAACCCAAGAUCUGUCUGGAGGUUGUCUCUGGAGCUGAAGCACUGCCUGAGAGUGGUGAACAGGAGGAAUGUCCUCCCUGUAACCCUGGUUUCUAUAACAAUGACACGGCCACCUGCUCCCCUUGCCCAACCGGGACGUACUCUGAUGGGUUAAAACCGUGCCAGCAGUGUCCAGCAGGUACUGAGCCCAUCCUGGGUUAUGAGUAUAAAUGGUGGAAUGCUCUUCCAUCUAACAUGAAGACCUCCUGUUUCAAUGUGGGCAACUCUAAAUGUGACAGUAUGACUGGUUGGGAAGCAGCGAGAGAUCACAUUCACAGUGGAGCAGGCGGGUCUGAUAAUGAUUAUCUCAUCCUUAACAUCCAUGUUCCUGGCUUCAAACUGCCUACGUCAGUGUCAAGCCAGUCGGUGACAGAAUUCGGUCGCAUAACAUUUGAGUUUGAAACUGUGUGCACAGCUGACUGUGAGUUCUACUUCAUGAUGGAUAUUAAUAGAAAGAGUACCACAGUUGUGCAAUCUUGGGAGAAAACACAAAAAAGACAGACCUACACACACGUCAUGACGAAAAAUGCCCCAGUUUCCUACACUUGGGCUUUCCAGAGGACAAACCAACCCUCAGACGUACGUCGGAAGGUCAAUGAUGUGGCACGCAUCUUCUCCAUCACUGUGACUAAUGCAGUGGAUGGCGUGUCCUCCAGCUGCCAGGCUUGUGCCCUCAGCACCCAGCCCUCCGGCUCGGCAUGUGUACCCUGCCCACCUGGACAUUACAUAGACUCACUCACCAGCAAGUGCUUAGAGUGUCCUCACAACAGUUACCUUGAGCCUCACGGAACACAGGGUUCUGAGGCCUGCAAAGCCUGCGGGCCAGCUAGCAAGAGCGACAAGGACCACAGACUGUGUUACAGUGACUGCCACUUUACCCACACAGAGGGCAAUGUCACGCUAACGUUUGACUUCAGUCUCCUCAACUCAGCGGGAUCGCUGAUGAAUGGUCCAAAGUUUACCUCCAAGGGAACCAAGUAUUUCCACAUGUUUAACAUCAGUCUGUGCGGAGGACAGGAUCGUAUGGCAGUAUGCACAGACAAUGUUACAGACGUGUCAGUCUCCAGCUCCCAGAGUGAGAAAGCAGAGGGUCCCAGUGCUGUGAAGACCUUCAUCUGUCAGUCAACAAUAAUCCCAGCGAGCAGACAAGGAUUCCAUGCUGCACUGUCUUCGCAGUCCAUUAACCUGGCUGACACCUUUCUUGGUGCAACUGUAGAUAAUAGUCUUGAAGGAAUAAAAGCAAGGUCAGACUUGUUUCCCCAGAAGUCUAAGAAAGUGCCUGAUGUGAACUUCUUCUACAGAUCUUUUGAGGGAACUUCGUCUUGUGAGUCAGGUCGGAGUGCAGUGGUGACCCUUCGGUGUAAUCCCGAUAUGAGCACUAAAGGGUUGCUGUCAGUUCCCAGUCAGUGCCCUGAAGGAACAUGUGACGGAUGCACCUUUCAUUUCUUUUGGGAGAGCUCUGGGGCUUGUCCUACAUGCACAGUGAGAGACUACCAUCUGAUAGAGGGAGUCUGCAAAGGUGGACAGCAGGACAUGCUCUAUGUUUGGACUGAACCAAAGCUGUGUAUAGGGGGCUCAACUUUGCCUGAAAAGAAAACUGUGCCAUGUGAGGGUAUGGAGUUCUGGUUGCGGCUUGGUGCAGGGAUGGGGAUUUUCACUGCAGUGUUGCUCGUCUCAAUCACCUGCUACUUUUGGAAGAAGAAUAAACGGUUGGAGUACAAGUACUCUCGGUUGGUUAUGUCUGCCAAUAAGGAGUGUGAAAUGCCAGUGGCCGACAGCUGUGCUGUGAUGGAGGGAGAGAAUGACGGAGACAUGGAGGAUGAAGUUGUGUACACCAAACCUUCGCUGCUCAGAAAACUCAAAGCCAUAGCGUCCAAGGGAAAUGGAGAGAGUUAUGAAAAUGUGCAACUGAGCUCAUCCCACUCAAAAGCAUUGGUGUGGAGUUAGAGCUGGUUGAACAGGAACUGCAAGGAGGGAAAACACUUUCCAUUGAGUGAUCCACUUUAAAAAUGGUCCUUGCAUUGAUUUGUGGUACCUGGAAUACAACGUGCGUAUACAAAUACACACAUCUAAAAACGCAUCCCGCAUAUAAAGCCAGGUUUAAAAAAGUCACAAUAACAUGGUGGCCUUAUAGCUUGGUACAACAGAGCCAUAGUACUGUGACACAGGUGUGUAUGACACUUCGAACAUUUUCUGACUCAGCCUUUUGUUGGAAAAAUGUUUUCAGAGAGCUCAGGGCAAUACAAGGUAAUAUGUGUGUUCUUGGUCAGUUUGGUGUAUAUUUAUUUAAUUGUUAAUGUUUUUUUCUUUUAUUGUGGAGAUACUGAUGUCAAGACAUACGACGACUGUGGACGUGUUUCCAUAUCCCGUAGAUUCAGUCUGAUUGCUUAGUUCUGGCCUAAUUUUUUGAGUCUUUUGCUUUGUUGAAGUCAUUGUAGUGAGGAGAUGGGGUGAAUGACUGAAAAUGAACAUGCUAUGUUAAGCAGUGGAGAUUGUGCUUCAAAUAAAUGACAUAUUUAUGUAUAAA